AUGGCUUUGAAAUCUGUAUCCCUUUUCCUUUCUCUCUUGCUUACCUUCCUUUUAUCAUAUGUCUCCGUGUCCGGCCGGGUGGCGCAGGUAGAUGUCUAUCAUAUUAAGGACCCAAAAUCCUUGGCUGGUGCUUGGCAGCCGAUUAAGGACCCAAAAUCCUCACUAGUGCAAGAGAUAGGAGCAUUCGCGGUGACCGAACACAACAAACAGACCAAAACAUACUUGAAGUUCGAGAGCGUGGAUUCGGGUGAGACCCAAGCAGUUGAGGGUCUGAAUUACCGGCUGAUUCUCUCGGCCAAUGACGGUGAAGCUUCUAAUAAAUAUGAGGCAGUUGUUUGGGAUAAGCCUUUGGCGCAUUUUAGGAACCUAACGUCCUUCAAACUUAUUUGA